AUGCCAGAGAACUUCUACCACCACCAAACAUGGAAAGCGUGGAACGAGGGUGUCGCGGACAAUUGUUCAUUAUGCAUCUGGAUUCAGGAGCAAUUCGGUCUCAAGAUCAACAAUCUUUUGGAGGGGGAUUAUAGUUCCUGGAUUAAUUCUGACCUAAAUAGCGUUUUGAAUAUUGACAAUACCUCCUCGCGCAAACUAAAUCCAACCUGUUUUUGGAGUAAAGGUUACGACGACUUUCCAGCGCUGAUCUUGAGUUGCGAAGGACAAGAAUUCCACCGGCUCUGGGAACGCUCGGAUUUUGACCUAUUCGAAGUCAGGCCCGGCCAUGAUCGACUCGAGGUAGCGGGUUAUGAGCCAACAGUGUAUACCAACUCAAAAGCCUGUUUUGAACUUGCUAAGCACUGGCUUAGAACUUGUGAGAUGAAACAUACGAAGUGUGAACGCCCACGAACUGAAGGAGAGAAGAGUUGGAAACCAACCCGAUUGAUUCGAAUAUACGAAGAUAAUGAUGAUCGUCAACUCUUCGAGGGAGAAGAGAUUCCCGAUGAGGUCACCUACGCGACCUUGUCUCAUUGUUGGGGAAAGAUUGAAGACAAACUUGUUCUAACGCUCGAGAACAGGGAUGAUUUAAAGCAGGCUAUUCCUCCAUUUGGGGGAUUGAAGACCUUUGAAGAUGCAGUCAAUAUCGCGAGACAGCUUGGGCUUUGGUAUUUGUGGAUAGAUUCUCUGUGCAUUGUACAGAAUUCCAAAGAGGACUGGCUUGCUCAAUCAGCUCAGAUGAGCAAUGUCUAUAAGUAUUCGUUUUGCAACAUUACAGCAACUUCGGCGACCAGCGAUCUUGAGGGUUGCUUCUUCAAUCGAAGCCUCAAUCAAGUUUACUUGAAUCCUCUCUAUAUUGAUUUCACGGACGACUUAUCCAGCAACUCGUUGGAUGAGCCCCACUUAAUUAUUGCUGUACCAAGUCGUAAGGACUCUCCAAGAAGUCUUGAAGGUAGGUAUGAGCUGCUCCAAAAAGGAGCAAUAUGGGCGUGGCGGGAAGAUAUUACACUCGCUGCUGUGAACCGCAGAGCAUGGGUAGUCCAAGAAAGGCUACUCGCUCCAAGAGUGUUACACUUCAGCAAAACUCAAUUGUAUUGGGAGUGCGCUGAGCUGCAGGCCUCCGAAUCAUUCCCCUUCGGCCAACCGAUGGAGCAGGAGUCCGACUACAAGGCUCAAACCUCAUUUGCAACCGAAGCCAAACAAUAUAUGGCCGGAGACUCAACUGAUGCGCAAGUAGCUUCAGAAGCACGGAAAUUAGCAUUCAGUACCUGGGGUCAUGCUGUAAGAGCAUUUACAUCUGCUGAGUUGACGUACAAUUCCGACAAACUGAUAGCGAUCUCUGCUAUUGCAAGGGAAAUGAAACUACUCAUGAAAUGCCGCUACCUAGCUGGUCAUUGGGAGACCGAUCUCAUCCAUCAACUGGCAUGGAUCGGACUUCCUCCGGGCGGUGGAUAUAGACAACCUUCCACCAGCACACAAUCUGGUGGCCUUCCAGAUGAAUAUUGCGCACCAUCCUGGUCGUGGGCUUCGAGUAACCAAUGCAUAGAUAUAUUUCGACAAAUGUCAAACGAUCCACUGAAACCAGCCUUAGCAGAAGUCAUAGCUGUGCAAAUUGAGCUUAGUACGGACGACGAGAUGGGUCAGGUCAAGGGUGGCUAUGUCAAAUUACGAGGGCAUAUGGUCGAAUUUCAACUUGGUUCAGUGAGAGAAGAGGAUCUUAGUAAGAUGUAUGUGACUCUGGAUAAUGACGACGCUGGCGAUACACUGGAAAUCAGUGCAUUAUCAUCCGUCUUUCCCCACAAAACCAUUUGGUUCAUGCCAAUAGAGGCAGAAGGCUCUCCGCCGUACCCAAUGCUCACAUGUCUCGCAAUAGACAAGGUGGAAGAUCAGAUUGGUACAUUUCGUCGAAUUGGUACUGCUCUUUGGUACAGUCCGACGAAAGAGGAGGCCGGUGACUUGGAGGGUCCCGAUUUGAUCAACAGAGGGAUCACAUUGACAGAUAUUAAAAUUAUCUAA